AUGACAUCGACUGAUUUUCAUGUAUGCAUCGGUACUAUUGCAAGUAAAUACGAAGCGCUUAUGAAAGAAAACGCUGACUUAAGGGCAGAAAUCGCAUUGCUCAAAGCACAACUUAAUGUUUCACAGAAUGAAGCUAGACCUCGUCGAAGAAAGUCCUCAUCUGGCGAAAGAUUGAGUGAUAAGAAAAGGCAGUCGUCAUCAUUCUGGCAGAUGAAGCAAAAACUAAAAAUAGACUGGAAUUUGAUACCUGUAGAAUUUUCGGAUUCGUUGUUAUGCGUCAACGUCGGGUACGAUAACAAUAUUGCCUUUGGUUCGAUCGAUGCUGCAAUUUAUGUCUACUCAACAACCGAAAAUCGCUUAAUUACAAAAGUUUUAGGUCAUCAAGGAGCAAUAAACUGUAUCACAGCACAUCCUAAAGCAGGAAUCUAUGCUUCAUGCUCAGGAGACUCAAUGAUUAACAUUUGGUCACCGCAACCACUUAAUAAUUUGAUGACUCGUUCAGAUUACCAAGUCAUCUCAACCAUUUAUGCGAAUACUACUCUCUCCGGACACAAUGGACCAGUAACAAGUGCAUGCUGGCUUGAUGCGGAAGGCCACUUGAUUUCUGGCUCUCAGGAUGGAGUUUUACUUAUGUGGGAUGUUUUACAAUCGAAAAACAGCUACAGAAGCGAAAGCUUGAAGUCACCAAUCAGAUCAGUAGAUGUACAAUACGAUACUGAUAUGCCUAUAGCUGUUGGAACUGCUUCAGGCGAAAUAACUCUCAUUGAUUCAAAAUCUCCAGAUUCGAAAUCAACAUUAACGCAUGGAAAUGGUUCAAUAGUGCAAGUUAAGUACGCUACUACCUCAAAUGCCAAGAAUUUCCUUAUCAGUGGCAAUUCUGAUGAGAAAAUCAACGUAUGGGAUUUGCGAUCGCCAAAUAUACCAUUUGAAACAGUAGAUAUCAACAGAGUUUGCACUAAGUUUACUGUUCAUGGCGAUAACGUUGUCAUUCCUUGCGAAAUUGGCAAAAUGAGGAUUCUUAAUUUGCUUUCCAUGCAAUAUUCCAUAAUUGAGUCAACUCCUUUCUCGUACACUGUCUCAGAAGUUAAUUUCGUAAACGAUAAUACGAUUGUUGCAGCAAGCUGGGAUGGUUCUGCAGCAAUGGGAAGAAUAGAUAUCUAA